AGUGACAUAGUUGUGGAUGUGGAGGGAGGAACGAGAGGCUAAGCGUUUGUGUCUGUCUGUGAAUAAAGAAAAUACGAAAAGUGCACAGUGUGUUCGUAUGCGUUCGCCGACAUGGGAUCGUUCGUGAGCUCCGUGAUGCGUUCGGAUUUACGGGAGAGUCAGGAACAACAAGUAACAGCUAUGAAAUCGAACAUGAUCUCGCAGCAGGUGGAGUUGGCGCGGCGCAUGGCGGAGCGGCAGAUGGCGCUGCAGGUGGCGUCCGUGCGGGAGCUGAUGCUGUGGUUCGUGCCCUUCGCCAUCACCUCGUACGCCUUCUUAUACCGGGGCUACCGCAACACCAACAGCUGGGUCGUCCUGUUCCCGCUCAUCCCUGUCACCUUCGGCUUCGCGUACCAGGUGCACUACGCCUACGGCAACAAGACGGUGCAGAUAAGAGCCUUGGCCGAAAAGAUCAUGGCAAAUGAGGCACACAUGAUGGCAGUUCCUGAGUGGCAGUCUACAGCCCAGUUUCCCCUAAAUCCUAGCGACCCAUCUCCGUCUCCAGCCCUGCAAGCACAUGGAAGCAAUCAGGCAACUGCAAGCAGUGCCUCUAUAAAGGAGACCACUGAUGUUAAAACAUUUCAUAAUCCCAACACGAGAUUGGUGUAACGUUCUUGUUUUUCUUUUUUUUGGAUAAUAAUGUUAAUUCAUGCAGGCUGUCACAUUCCAUAAGCAUUUCCAUUAUCUAUACUAUACUAUAUUUAUAAAUGGAGAGUGAGAGUGAGAGUGAGAGGGAACGCGUGUGGACUCCAAUAUUAGUCAUGUUUCACAGACGACUUGCACCAAAUGUACAAAUUUCAUUUGAGUGUAUUACAAAGUUAUAAUUUACUACUAAAAAAAGAAAAAAAAAAA